GCCAGUCACUUGUGUUUUUUUCUGUAUUCUUGGCAAUUUGAUUCGUGGAAACAAAUCGUACUGAAAUAAAUGAGAAGUUCUUGUUAUUUGAUAAAAUUUCAAUCUGCUGAACUGUAGUGAAUUUUAAUUUAUCACAUUGGAAUGAGUCAGUGAAUCGGCUUUGAAAACUAAACCCAAACACAACUCGGCCGUCCGGAAUGGCCGCAGAUCCAAGGAAACGAUCCCGCGAAGAGGAGGUGAACGAGUUCAUGCCCCUGUCCAAGCGGAUCAACAAUCUGCAUCUGAACAACGGCCAGCAGCACCAGGCCAUGCAUCACAUGCCACUGCUCGAGGGCCACCAGACAAACUUUCCCCAGUGCGGAGGAGGUGGUGGCUCAAGCAGCAGCUCCGGAAGUACGUGCCAUUCGGUUCCGUCGGGCGGAAGUUCUCCGGGCGGCGGCGUCGGCGGUCCCAGUGGGGUUGGUUCGGAAGUCGGGUUCACCGUCAACGGGGAACUACUCGGGGACUAUUGUCCCGAUAUGGGUGAACACGAGAAUCCACACUACUUUAAUCGGAACAAGGUUCUGUACGAGUUGUACGUGGAGCGGAUGCGACGGAUGCAGUGAAGUGCUGGUUCAGCUUUAUAUCUAUUUGUAUUACUGAAUUGCAUUAUUUAUAUUACUCUUAUUAUGCCGCUGCGAAAAAGUGUUUGAUUGUAUGGACUAUGGUUCGGAGGAUCCGUUUUAAAGGAUAUCUCUAAUUUAUACGGAAAGCUAUGUUUAAGUUUUUGCAAACAUUGCCGAUUUUCAUCAGUGACCAAAAUUGAUUAAAAACAAGUUGCAUUUUCAGUGCUCAUCUAUUUUUAAGAAGCUCUACUAACAACUGUGUGAUUUAAACAUAUUUAUACAGAGAAAAAAAAAACAAUAAAAGUCAUUCAACUAUGAAUCUAAAUAAAUAAAAA